CCCCUAAUCUCAACGAACUCGUCGCUAUGGAGGGCUGGACAAAGCUGCAAUCUGGCCUCGCUGGCCUCAACCUCGGCCAGUCCGCGAACAAGCUCGCCAAGGGCUUCCAAUCUAGCGUCCAAGCUACCAAGGAACGUCUUGGCCAAGUUGCGCCCGAGGAGAUCACUGAGCUCCCUCAGGAGUACAAGGACCUCGAGGCUCGCGUGGACAGUCUCCGCAACGUCCACCUUGCUCUCCUCAAAGUCACCCGUGUCUACGAGAGCGAAACCUAUGACUACCCCACGCAGAUCCAAGAGUCCCUCACCGAGUUCGGUUCCACCAUCGGCAGCGGCAUCACCAACUUCGCCGCCGCGAACCUCAAAGGCACCAACCUCCCCACGCCCCAACCCGUGUCACCCACCACCCCGCAGCACAAGACCCUCCCACAUGCGAUCGCCCGCGCGGCGACGACCGCCGCCCACGCAGUCCAGACCAGUGCCGGCGAGGACAAGCUCGGCAAGGCACUUGGGGCGUACGCCGGCGCAUGGGAGAAGAUCGCCGACGCGCGCGUCGAGCAGGACCAUGCCGUCAAGGAGCGGUUUCUCCAGCCGUGGCAGACGACGCUCUCCACCAGCAUCGCUGUCGCCCUCAAGGCCCGUCAAGCGGUCCGGGUCAGCCGGCUCGAGCUCGACGCGGCCAAGCAGACGUUGAAGAACGCCAGUCAGUCGAAGCAGGAAGCAGCAAGGCUCGAGGUCGAGAACGCGGAGGACGAUCUCGUCCAGAAGACGGAGGUUGCGAUCACCCUCAUGAAGACUGUGCUCGAGAACCCCGAACCCUUGAAGAACUUGAAUGAGCUCGCCAAGGCUCAGCUCCUGUUCUACGCUACUGCCGCUGAAUCCCUCUCAUCCGUACAAGGCGAGAUAGAGGAGCUUAGCGUCGCCGCUGAGGGCGAAUACCGGAAAUCGCGCGACCAUUAGGGUCCUUGUAUUGAUUCACCGUUCCUGCAUUCUUCCGCCAAUGGCUGAAUUGACGAAUGCGCAAGCAGCUACGCGAACCGCUCGAUCUGUAUCAACCUUGAUCAUCUGCUCUAAAUACAAAUGUUACGGGUAGGGGUGUUACUUUGUGUAUUGCAAUGAUGUCUCUUCUGGAGUAGUGCGUUCGCUUGUGUCUCUCCAAGUUCAAUUCUUCU